AGAUUACAGAAAUGACUUGUGUUCUUCUCAAACCAAAGUAGAAGGAACAAAAGUCGGUCAGAAAUACAAAAACAUUCAGUCAUGAAGGCUUCACGUCUCCUCCUGCUGAUCUUCAUCUUCCAAGGAGGAAGAAGUGGUGAUGGAGAAACAUUCUGUACAGCACAGCGAGGAUCCAUCAUUGUAGAGGAGAAGGGAUCAGUGACUAUUCCAUGUAACUUCACCUAUCCAGAGGAGUACAGAUCUGGAGACGUGAGAGUGUUCUGGAGAAGAGGGCUGGAACGUUGUGGGAACGGAGAAUUCAUAUAUAACCAGACAAAAGGCAUCAUACAUACAAACUAUACAGGAAGAAUCUCAUCUGAGGAGAAAAAUAAGGAAAAGGGAACAACAGCCAUAACAAUCCGGAAUCUGAGGAGGACGGAUGGUCCCAUGUUCUGCUGUAGAAUAGAAAUAUAUAAAGGGUCUAAAUACAUAGAUGGCUGGCACAACCGUCCCGGAACACAAAUACUGUUCAAAGAUGAAUUUUCAGUAGAACAGACGGAUGUGGUUCCCGCCAUUAUUGGAGAAGACCUCACUAUACCAUGUUUAGUUCACAAUAAAGCUCCUAAUAUUAUAGAAGAAGUCACCUGGUCUGCGGGGAGCAGUGAUCUGUGUGUUGAGAAUAAUGAGUUAAUUGAGAUACGGUAUAAGAACUUGUCACCUAUUACAGGACGAAGGUCGAUAGUGAAUUUUCCUCAGGAUCUGUCAUUAAGAAUAAAUAAGGUGACAUCCGAUGACAUCAAGCAAUACUGCUGCAAAGUGAGGACAAAACUACGGGGUAACAAUGGAGUAUCACCCAUACACGGCAGUAACAAUGGAGUAUCACCCAUACACGGCACACAGGUCAUACUUGCAGCAGAAUCUAAAGAUUCAAAACCUAAAGUUGAGCAACCAAAGACAACCUCACCUGACCAAGACGGCUCUGCUACCCUCCGCUGCUCAUACCAGUCAGAUAGUGACCCUCUGUGGACCGCAGUUUUCUGGAGAGCGGGCAGCCCGGGGGGUAUCUAUGCCUAUCACCCACUGCCAGUGAUGGUUGAUCCCAGAUAUAGAGGGAGGACGGAGCUGAGAGGAUCGACUGAUCUCCAUAUUAAGGGGGUUAAUGAUGCCGAUAAUACAACAUAUUACUGCUUUGUGAUGCUCCGGUUCUGUGUCGGGAAUAACAUUCACCCAAUAAUUCGGUAUGGAAGUGGGACCAAACUACAUGUAAAUAGUCUUCAAGAACAAGAACAAGUUCAACAUUCCCAAAUUCUAACAGUAGCGAUUUACCUGGGAGUCAAACACCUCAUCAUCCUGGCUCUUAUGAUCUUGGCUCUUUUAUAUCUGCAGAAAAGGAGCCUCCAAUCUGACAUUAACCUUCAAACCCUUGAGACAUGACUGCACUCAAAAUCAUAAAUCCCUUGUCCAGCGUCACCUUAAAGGGGCUGUACGUUUUUGGACAACCCUUAUCUAAAUGUCCUGUCAGGGUAUAGUCAUAUAGGACACCAUGCUUGGGGCUUCCCUAGAGUGGAUAAUGUGCAUAGUAAACAAUGGAAAUUAUAAUUAAAAUGCCAGACUCUAUUCCACUAUGUUUUUUUUUAUGUUUUAUGUUAUUUAUAUAAAAAUAACAGCAGUUUUGGCUUCUUCUCAAGGACUUGAUAUGCUAGGAAUAGAUGUAGAUGUGAUAGUAAUGUUGUCUGUGGGAAUAGAGAUGGAUGAGAGGAGAGAGGUUGUUACGCCGAGCGCUCCGGGUCCCUGCUCCUCCCCAGAGCGCUCGCGGCAUUCCUUGUUCUGCAGCGCCCCGGUCAGACCCGCUGACCGGGAGCGCUGCACUGACACUGCCGGCGGGGAUGCGAUUCGCAUAGCGGGACGCGCCCGCUCGCGAAUCGCAUCCCAAGUGACUCACCUGUCCCGGUCCCCGGCUGUCUCGUCCUGGCGCGCGCGGCUCCGCUCCUUAGGGCGCGCGCGCCAGCUCUCUAAGAUUUUAAGGGCCAGUGCACCAAUGAUUGGUGCCUGGCCCAAUCAGUCUAAUUAGCUUCCACCUGCUCCCUGUCUAUUUAACCUCAUUUCCCCUUCACUUCCUUGCCAAAUCUUGUUGCCUUGUGCCAGAGAAAGUGUUUAUAGUGUUUGCCUUACCAGUGUUCCUGACCUCUUGCUAUCGCCAUUGACUACGAACCUUGCCGCCUGCCCUGACCUUCUGCUACGUCUGACCUUGCCUCUGUCAAGUCCUUCUGUCCCACGCCUUCUCAGCAGUCAGCGAGGUUGAGCCGUUACCGGUGGAUAUGACCUGGUUGCUACCGCCGCAGCAAGACCAUCCCGCUUUGCGGCGGGCUCUGGUGAAUACCAGUAGCAACCUAGAACCGGUCCACCGACACGGUCCACGCCAAUCCCUCGCUGACACAGAGGAUCCACUUCCAGCCUGCCGAAUCCUAACAGAUGUGCAGGGAUAGAAUUUUAAGGUGUGGUGUGGGUCUAUUGAUGUAAUUGUAUCAGAGUAAAUAAAAAUACUGUUGGAAGAUGUAGUGUAGGUCUAAUGUUGUAUAUGUCUGUUUGGUGUAGUUAGAUAAGGGUGCA